AUGGACGGUGUCAAGGGAAAGUCUGCCAUGCUGAUGACUAAGGGCGUCAUGGAGAUGCGACAGAACCCGCCAGGGCUUAUUUGCACCAUCCGUCGGUUUAAGCACCCCGCCACGCAGAAGGAAGUCACGCUGUACCCCGUCCCCAGCAUCGCCGCACCGCACUACUUUAGACGCGUCCUGGACGGUGAGGCCCUGACAAGAAACUUUGACAUGGUCCUCUGCGAGGACGGUCGGCUGCCUUUUGAGGCGGGGUCGCGCUUGGCGCGGCGGCAGCAGGUACUGAGACGUAUAUUUCCUUUUUUUGGGCUUCGGCCGGUGUCAGUCGAGGGCGCCAAAUUUGACGGUAUUGUUCAGCGUGACCCGGUGGAGUCUCGCAUGGCGUAUCAGAUGAUCCUGGAUGGCGCGGAUCCUCCCGUUGACCCAAGGGCGCGGCGUGCCGUGGAGCGUAUCGAGACGUACCCGGAUGGCACGCGCGUGGUGUGUCCGUGGGGGGUGUAUCACAUAGUGUACAUGAACCACAAGCUUCACCAGCUAGGAUACGUGGUGGAGGACGAGGAGACGCUGGAGGUGGUGGGGUACCGGGAGGCCUUACUCGUCUCGGGCAUCUUUGCAGUGUUGACCUUUUGGGUGGCCUACGCCGCCUUUAGAAUCGUUUUCGGGUAG